AUGCUUCCCAGGGAUGACGCUCAGCGCCUGGUAGACCGAUACUUCGAUUUUGCUAUGCCAACCUACCGUUUUCUCCACAGACCUACUGUCCAGAAAUGGUUCAACGAGUUUUACGAUACGUUAGGUGUCAUGCGGGAUGCCCACAAUGCUCCAGCAAAGGUCGCUUUGCUCUUCAUGGUGUUUUCUCUGGCCAGAGUGUACAUGCCGGAUAAUGACAGGCCCGGCCCUUCGGACCUAAGGAAGAUCCCUGAACUGAAAAGACUAGCACCCGGUAUUAUCUGGCCGCCGAGCAUCAGCUCGCUAAAGAAAAGGGCUCCAUGUCCUGAGAUAUCCGGCGGUAUGGACCAGAUUGAAAUUGAAUGCCGCCGCCGAACCUUUUGGUCCUUGGGUAGACCUCGGUCAUUUCACGACGAGGAUAUCAACACAGAGCUCCCAGCGUGUGUCGAGGAUCAAGAUAUAACAGCCAGUCACAUUGAAUCACACACUGCUAUGAGCGGUCCAUCAACCAUGUUGGCUCCAUUAGCACAUAUGAAGCUUGCUCGGAUUAUCGGUAAGAUACUGCGCAACCUUUACUCCAUCCAGCCGGUAUCGGAAAGUCACCGGGCUGCUGCGGUCAAAACCAUCUCGAAGGACCUGACUGAAUGGCGAGCGGAAUUGGCGUGGUUCCUGGACGCCCAUCUUUUCAGCACAUCACUCCUCAUACCCAUAUUUCAGCGGCAACGCAAUGUCCUCAACCUCACAUACUGGCAGGCUAUAAUUCUCACUCAUCGGCCAUUUGUUCUACGCAACUUCGGUCGACUUUCGCAGCAAGAUCAGACUAAUUUUGCGUAUAAAACCCCGCAGAUUGAGGAAAGUGUGAAGCAGUGCCUAUAUGCUGCAAUGAAAACAGUGGAAAUAAUGGAUGACAUCUCGCAAAAUCGUCAGCUCCUUCGCGCCCUCUGGAUCACAUCAUACUUCGCCUUUAAUGCAACCGUCAUGCUCUACAUCUAUGUGAUACAAAAGCGAGCCUUCCCUCCAGAGGUCUACAGUAGCUAUCUCUCUGCCGCAACCCGCUGCCAGUCCCAUCUCUCAGGCAUUGCCGAAAAGGGCUCGCUAUCAGAGCGCUACUGUCUCGUCCUGGAGGAGCUACGGGAUGAAGCAACACGCCAGACAAGCAACUUGACAUCAUUUGCGAAUCGGUCGGAGGAGAUAUAUAAUCAAUCUCAGGAUCACCACGCGCUCUAUUCCGGUGGAGUCACUACAGCACAUAGACUCAGACCGCCAAAUAAUUCCACUGACACCACGGAGGGGACUGUAAUAGACCUCUUCAAUACUAUACCGGGGUUUUCUCUCGAUGAUUGUGCAGACUGGGGUCAAUUCACCACAAUGGUCUCCUCGGGCCUGGGGAACAUUGAUUUCUCCGUUAAUGAAGAUCUGUUCAGCCAAUGA